CUGGUGUGCUCGAGCGUAGAAGAAUCGGCCUAAGGGAAUCGGAACCAACUUCGGCGAAAGACAUGUUGGGAAUACGAAAGGGUUGAUAUAAAGAUAAGAGAAGAAUGAUAAAAAAUCGGGUAAAAGGGGUGUCGCUAGUGUUUAAGUAGAAGGCUUUAGUGAGAUGAUAGAAUGGCAGAAGAAAGCACUUAUUCAAAAGAUACAACAAAAUACAAAAUGAACCGUGGCUAAUCCCAUCCAUCGAAUCAAUCAUAUCACCUGGUAAAUAUGUACAAAUACACCUCCGCCACAAUAAUCCCAUUGUCCUCAACAAUUGUUACUUUAAGGUCGUCCUAGGCAAGAGUGCCUAACUUGAGAUACAAAAACCUUGACGUGGCGACUCAGUCUUCCAUGCCUCAUGCUGUAGCUCCAAGUGUGCUGCCCACCUCUGUCCGCCACCAUGCGGCUGUUCGAGAUCAAUGCAAUACAUCCCGCCUCUUCACUUCAACAGGCAUAUGUCACUGCCCUUAAGCUUAAAUGGACUCAACAUUGCCUCAUCGAUCGGCAUUUGCUGCUUCCUAGGUAUCACACCGAGUGCCCCAUCUCAGUCACGUACCGGAGCUCCUUUUUUUCAUCACACCCUUGAAUCUCGUAUUUGCGAUUUCAAUCUCAUGCAUCAAGCUCUGCGCAUUGCCGAAAUUAUAGACCAGAUCAGCUGGCACGUUGAUCGCAGCUCACUUCCUGGCCUUGCGUUGACGUGUCGCAUACUUGAAGGUCCAGCACUUGACGCCUUAUGGAGGAAUUUACCAUCCUUAGAGCCGUUGGUCAACUGUAUACCAAUGCAUGUUUGGGGCAUCAGUUUCCAAGGAGAAUUAAUACUACUCAGGCCCAUCGACACCAAGGCCUGGGUCACUUUUCGUAAAUACGCAUCCCGCGUGCAUUCGAUCACACAAUCUGGAGAUCCAUCCCCCAUCAUUGAACAUAUUCGUAUAAUAAUGUUGUCUUACCCUUAUCCAUCUUCGACCAUGUUUCCAAAUCUUCGAUCCUUGGCUUGGAAUGUCGAUCAAACCCACCUCGUCAUCGAGUUCUUGCGUAUGGCAUUUGUGCCUUCCUUGGUUUCCUUGGAUCUACGAAUCACCUCGAUUUCGCCCGCCUUGAUGUCCAUCUUGUCCACUAUCGGGACCACAUGUCCUAAUGUUACCUCCUUCCGACCUCAAGUAGACGACCCGACAUUGAACCGUGAGAUUGCGCCCUUCCUGACACAGGCGACAUGUCAGCUCCAUCAUCUCUCUGCUUUGACCGUAUGCGAGCUAGAAGAUCCAGGGAUGGUACACGUUACACAGCUACAGUCUCUGAAGACACUUUGGCUUUACAUAGGGCCAUCUUUUCUCCGACGCACGGGGUUGCCACCGCAGUCACUUGGUCUGGAACAUUUAGAACUCUUGGGUCUUCAAGCUACCAGACUCAGCCAUAUGACAGCCUUUUUACGUUCUCUUCGGACUGUCCGGAGCAAACAUAUUACGGCCGUCUUUUCCUCUAACGUAUUUGGACAGCAAUCCGAUUCUAUGUCCGGGUUCUGCGCCAUGCUCCUAGAACGAUGCGACAACGACACUCUCGAGGCCAUAACACUCUGCGAACAAUUUUACAACGCCUUCCACAAUGUAUACGCCCAACCAGGCGACUUUGGUCCUCUGCGCCUUCUUCGCAAUUUGACCCAUUUCGACGUCGAGGCAGCAUGUACCAUCUCAAUAUCCGAUGACGAACUGAGCGAGUUGGUAAAAGCAUGGCCGAAGCUCAAAAUAUUCAGACUCGGGUGUUAUCGCGACCCCGCUAGUCCUGUGCUGCCUACCUUCCAUGGGCUAAUUAAUGUGCUUCGGCUUUGCCCUGAAUUAGUAUCCCUAUCUCUUGUCAUCGAUACCACACAGCUUGAUGGCAUAGAUGUCAAAUCUCCCGGGAAUGGUAUUCGUAAAACGGUCUACAAGAGCUUGUCCUCGGUAACUCGUUAAUUGGCUCUCCACUGGACGUGGCUCUUGUCCUCAGCAGUCUUUUGCCCAACCUGCCAGAGGUGAAUCUUACCCUUUGGAUUGGUGGCCCAUUGGAUGCAUUGUCCGAUAAACCAUGGGAGAUGGAGCAAUGGAAGCUGGUUAAUCACUUACUUGGUGGUUUUCGCAUUGUAAGGACGCGGUGUUUUAGGCGAUAAUUGACUCCUGUUUAAAUCGCCUAUGCCGCGGCCAGUUAUAUGGCAGCAUUUACUUCGUACUCGUUGUAUAAUAAUCAUGUGUUUGCUAUGUUACUAUUAAUCGAGACUGGUGCUAUGCGCUAACA